UUUUUAGUUUACCUGAAAUUUUAGGCCGUUCUCCGGUUUUCACAUUUUCUCCCGCCAGCCUUCCGACAACUGGGUGUUUAGUUGAAAAAAUUACCACAACGAAGAAAUGUUCACCUCAAAAUUUAUUGACACCGAACACAAAGACCUCGUUCACGACGUCGCUUACGACUUGCAUGGAAAAAGGAUGGCGACCAGUUCCUGUGACCAAUAUGUCAAGAUCUGGGACCUGGUUGAUGAUGAAUGGAGGUUCUCCACGUCUUUCAAAGCGCAUAAUGGGAUAGUUUGGAAGGCUAUAUGGGCAUACCCAGAGUUUGGUCCAGUCCUUGCUACCUGCUCAAAUGACAAAACAGUAGCCAUCUGGGAAGAAAUUAUGAAUGAUGACCCCCAACAAGAUGGCGGCCAGUGGAUGAAAAGGGGGAACCUGGUCGACAGCAAAUCUCCGAUUGUUGAUGUCAAAUUUUCACCAAGACAUUUUGGCUUAAAACUGGCAAUGGUAUCCAUAGAUGGAAACACUCGAGUCUACGAAGCACAGGAUACGAUGAACUUGUGUCAGUGGACCUUGCAAGGGGAGAUACAAUGCAAAUAUAACUGCAGCUGUUUGGACUGGAGCCCCUCUCGGUUAUAUCCACCUCUCCUUCUGAUUGGCUGCGACGAUACAUCACCUCCUUCAACAUCUGCACCGGCUAACCUUCUUAUCUACGAACAUAAUGAUGCUUUGAAAGCCUGGGUAAAGAUUGAAAUGAGUCGAACGGUGUCAAGCCGGGUCCGGGACAUCUCUUUCAGUCCUAAUUUAGGCAGGUCCCAUGAUUUAGUGGCCGUCGCAGGUACCCAACUGGUCAUACUGCAAAUUAUAAGGACCAAGAAUGUCAAUAGGAAUGGCCAAUCAGAAACUUCCAGAUUUGAGGUUCACUUUGUAGCUGAGUUCAGUGAGCCUGAUUCACAAAUAUGGAGACUGGCAUGGAACCUUACUGGAACGGUACUCGCAUCAUCUGCUGAUGAUGGCACUGUUAAGCUUUGGAAAGGCAACCAGAUGGAUGCUUGGAAGUGCAUAUCAGUGGUGAAACCUUCACAAGUUGGCGUGAAACUAUUCCCAGCAACAGUUCAACAUCAGCUGCAGCAACUGGAGCAACAACAAGAUCAGGAGCAGCAGCAGCAAGAUCAACAGCAGCAACAAGAACAACAGCAACCACAACAGCUGCAGCAGCAACCACAACAGCUGCAGCAACAAAAUAUAAGCACAGUCAUCUCAACAAUGGUAGUUACAUCAACGACAAAUCAGCAAGCAUUACAACAGCCGCUUCUCUACAGCCAAACAUUAAAAAAUACCAAAUCAUCAAACACAUUGCGCUGAUGCAAUUUUAUGUACGUAUGCAUGUCCGUAUCUGUACAUAUAUGCACGUGCGUAUUCAUGUUUGUAUAUGUCAGUAUUUGUGUUUGUUUGUAACUGUGCACUUACGCGUACAUGAGUAUGUGCACUUACAAAUAACAGAAACGCUGCAUUUCAUAGCAUAAGUGUCACAAUUGUAUCUAUCUCCAUCUAUGUUUGCAUAUUUUUACACACAUAAUAUGUAUGUUUUCAUUCGAGUUAAAUAUAUAUAUAUAUAUAUAUAUAUAUAUAUAUAUAUAUAUAUAUAUAUAUAUAUAUAUUACUAUAUUACUAGGGUGAGAUUACAACAAUUUGAAAGAGAAUUUCCGUUAAACAUACGAAUGACUUAAUAUGAGUUCAUAUUUUUUCUACCAUGUUUUUUAUUGCUCUACAGACCUCAUCAAUAGAACAUAAAUACAAUUAUUUAAUUUGUAAUAAAUAAUACAAAGAAUAACAAUAAUGAUAACAUGCCAUAGAUAAACAAGUAAGCUUUUCAAUCAACAAAUAAAAAAAUAUAAAUGCUGGGACGUGUUUCAGACAUUAAUAAUAUAAUAUUUGUUCCUCA